CACAACAUCUGCAACCGACCAACGGCAUCAACAGUAGCUUUAGUACUCCUCAAACAACGAAUGCCACCUCCACGGCCAGCGUCGUCUCCGUCUCGGUGGAGCAGCAGACGCAGACGGACACUUGUCCCAUGGACCAGGGACAGGGACAGCAGCAGGGGCAGAGUCAGCAGUACUCUUUUGGUGAUGCUCACGAGCAGUUGCAGCAGCUCUCUUCAGCCGCCGCCGCCUGCUCACCGCAGCUCCUCACCGGCGGCUGUGGAAGUUCGACCUUUGCAGAUCAGCAACAACAACAACAGCAGCAGCAGCUUUCGCACUCGGUCUCACCGCCAGCCACAACCCUUCACUACGGCCUCAACGGAGGCGGCCUGGUGAUCAUGGGCACCACCAAUCCCCAUCAGCAGCAGCAGCAGCAACUUCUUCAACAGUCGCACAAGUCGGCCAGCAUCGCCUGCAACACUAGUCCCAGUGGAGGUCAGCAGCAGCAGCAGCAGCAACUCCCCUCGACUACGUCGACCAACAGCAGCAGCUGCUCGGCGGAGGCGAUCAAGUCGGCGAUGAUGGCCAACGCCGGACUGAUGAACGCCGCAUCAAACUUUCAGCCCAAGCGACUGCACGUCAGCAACAUUCCCUUUCGCUUUCGUGAUCCCGAUCUGCGGCAGCUCUUUGGG